CUUUCUUAUAAUCCCUUCUUUUACCCUUCAUUCAUCCCUACCUCAUUAGACAGCCAUUUAGAAAAAUAGCUGUCGUUCUAUUAUCUACUAUACACAAAAAAGUACAUCUUUUAUCUUAUUAUUAUCUAAAAACACACACACACACACACGUAUAUAUAUAUAUAAAGCUUGUACUAUGGCAGCCGAAUACAAACAAAAAUUAUACGAUAUUCAAAGAAGAGGAGAUAACCGAACCUGCUUUGAUUGUGGUGCUCCUAAUCCACAGUGGGCCAGUGUAUCUUAUGGCAUCUUCAUCUGUCUCGAUUGUUCGGGUGUUCAUCGAUCAUUUGGUGUACACAUUAGUUUUGUUCGUUCCAUCAGCAUGGACAAAUGGUUUGAUGAUCAGUUGAAGAAGAUGGAUAUUGGUGGCAACCAAAAGGCAAAGGCAUUCUUUGAAUCCCAGUCCGACUACUCGGCUCAGAUGACAAUGACCCAAAAAUACAACAGCCACUGCGCUACUCUUUAUCGUGAAAAGCUGGCAGCAGAAGCAGAAGGUCGUUCCUGGACACCAACCGAACCCAGUGCCAGACGUCCUUCUCCAGCAUCGACUGCCAGUAUCGGCGGAGGAUCUACACGCUCCCUAAACUCUACUAUGAACGCUAGCGGACGUAACAACAACAAUAUCGGUGGUGGAUCCUCGGCUUCCAUGGGCGGACAACGUAAUAAUGGUCUUGGCAGAAACACAGCCGCUACAAAUGGAUCUGGUUAUUCAAGUGAUCCUUCAACUGGUGGUAAGAUCACAGUUAAUGAGGCUUACUUUUCUAAAUUGGGUAGUGAGAAUGAGCACAGACCAGACCAUUUGCCACCUAAUCAAGGCGGAAAAUAUACUGGAUUUGGAAAUCCUGCAUUUGAAAGUAGCUCUUCUAAUCAAGUUAGCACACCUGAUUUGAAUGAACUUAUCAAUGACCCCAUACAAGCACUCUCCAAGGGUUGGUCCCUUCUUUCGGUUGGUGUGGGUGAACUCACCAAGGUGGCUGCAGAGGGAGCAAGGAUUGCAGCACAAGGCGCUGGACAGAUUGGCAAAUACGCUAAUGAAAACUACGUCAAGCCAGCCGCCACCCAGUUAAAUGAUCCCAACUUUAGAAACAACGUGAGUGGUUAUGUUAACACUCUUACUCAAAAGACUCAAUCAUUUUACGAUGCCACCAUUCGCCCUGCAUCUGCUCCUGCUUUACGUACCUCUAACCACUCGAGCUCAAACCACACAUUCGAUAACGACAAUAGCGACUUUUUCAAUUCUACAAUCAAUGAUCUCCAGAGACAAUCUAGCCCAGCCAUAUCCCGUAGUCAAUCACCUUCUUUGAGUAACACCGCCAGCCCUUCUAGCUCUCUCAAUACUACCCGAACAAGAACACCUUUGAGAGAGACAGCUAAAAAACCUAAAGACCAAUCUGAUGAUGAGUGGGAAGGCUGGUAGACAAUAAAUAAAUAAAAUAAAUAAAGAAGAUAUACAUAUACAUAUACAUAUACACAUACACAUAUAUAAAAAGGCCCGAGCAAAAAUACAAUACAGAUAUAUAUGUAUACAAAU